AUGUGUUUUGAGCUGAGUUUCAGGCCGGCCUCCAGUCUUGCUUCUCACGAGCCCACCCUCAACAACACUUCUGCUACUCUUGGGGCUUCCUGUCAAGAUAGCCCACUUGGACCUCUCUCCAUCUUCGCUUCGGGGGGUAGCGGCCCGGCUAUUCGGGAUGGUUCGUUGGAGCUCACCCUCAGUGGGAUCUCGGCGCCUGUCGGUCGGUUGCCCGAGCCCUGCGGAGGGGACAUGGUAACCCAUGCCCCUGAUACUGUACCAAUGCUCGGAAAGGUGGAGGCUUCCCCGAGCGUUUCGAUUGGGGCAACCAGAUCUAGUGCAAGGUUCGACUCUGCUCGGAAGGUUUCGAUGCUCGAGCGGGCGAAACUUCGGAAAGUGUUCCUUCUGGAAGGAAAGACCUCUGGUGCGACGUCCUUACCGCGUCAAUGGGACAGCAAAAAGGUUUUGAUGAAAGGGGCUCAGUGUGGUGUGAAGCUCUCGGGGGUCGAAGCUGAGGAGUUACACAAGUUCUUGCUGCUGGCCAAUGGUCGGAAGCGUUGCAAUGCGAUACAUCAUAUAGUAGAUGAUAAUGGAGAACAAAUUCACAAUGAAGCUAUAAAGAAUUCCUAUUUUUUUCACACCUUCAAACGUCUGUUUGGGAGUGAUGAAGCAGAGCCUGCCUCUUUUGGAGAUUGGGCCAACCUGUAUCGAGCGGACUUCAUUAUUGACCCGGAUUCCCUUACGGGUCCAUUUACUAUCGACGAAAUUAAAAAGGCUACCUUCCAACUGGGUAGUGAAAAGGCACCCGGCCCCGAUGGCUUCCCACUCAUUUUUUUCCAAUACUUUUGGGAGACGGUCAAGGACAUUAUAUCUAAUAUCUUCACAGACCUGCAGGAGAACAACCUCUUCACGGCCCCAACAGACUACCCUUACGUAUGUUUAAUUCCCAAAAAGGAAGGCGCAUGCCAUGCUAACGACUUUCGACCGAUUUGCCUAAUGAAUGGAAUUCAGAAGAUCAUCUCUAAAGUGCUCGCGAAUAGAAUCGCGACCAUUUUGCCAAUGAUCAUCUCUUCGUCACAAGCGGCUUUUCUGAAGGAUCGACUACUAGCUGACUCUUUCGUCACAGCAAGUGAAUUACUCAACUGGUGCGCAAAAUCUGGGAAGGAGUGUGUCAGCAUUAAGGUGGAUUUCGAGAAAGCUUACGACAACGUGAGAUGGAGCUUCCUGCAAAGUAUUCUACGAUGGCUUGGGUUCAGUGAGAAAUGGAUCACGGAAGCAGCUAGGGGAAAUAACUUGAUUCAGGGGAUUGGACCGACCGUCGAAUGUCAAACGACGAUCCUUCAGUAUGCGGACGAUACUUUAUUCUUUUCAGAGCCCAAAAAGUCCGCCAUGAGUAACUUACUCUUUCUCUGGAAGCUGUUUGAAUGGGCCUCUGGCCUUAAGAUUAAUACUAAUAAGACGGAGCUCUACUACUUGGGAACCAACGAAAACAGAGCCAAGAGACUUGCUGAUAUUUUGGGGUGUGGAGUAGGUAAGCUACCAUUCCGCUACUUGGGCUUACCACUACAUAUCAGCCCCCUCCGUAAAAAAGAUUGGGCUCCGAUCAUUAACCGUAUAGAGAUGCGCAUUGAAGGUUGGAAGGCAAAACUACUAUCACAUGGCGGAAGAGUCAUCCUAGUCAACUCGGUACUUUCAAAUCUCCCGCUGUUCUACUUCGCUAUUUUUAAAGCGUCACAAUGGGUUUUGAACCGGAUAGAAGCCCUUAGACGAGCCUUCUUUUGGAAAGGGUGCUCCAAUAUUUCAGGCGGCUCUUGCCUAGUCAGCUGGAAAAUAAUAUGCAAAAGCAAAAGAGAAGGGGGUCUGGGGAUUAAAGAUAUGGAAGCUAUGAAUAAGGCGCUGCUAACUAAAUGGUGGUGGCGAUUUUUCAAUGAGAGACACCUACUAUGGAGGAGAUUGGUCACAGCAUUGUAUUACACCAGACGAAGACUGCUAAAUGAGGGAAGAUCCUUCAGACCUUACUCGCAGUGGUGGAGAAGCGUGAUGAGCUGUCGUGAAGUGUUCAAAUGUGGAGUUUCGUAUGUACUUGGAGAUGGGAAAAACAUCAGGUGGUGGUCGGACAUUUGGAUCGAAGAAACCCCUCUAAGUACCAGGUUUUCGGAUCGUCAACUUAUCACGUCGCUCAAAAACCUCCUGAAUCCGUAUAGCCCUUCCGGUUUACACGAUAUACUAAAGUGGCGAUGGACCGCCAAUCAGAAUUUUACUGUUAAAUCCCUUUAUGAUUUCGUCACAGAUGCAGGGCAGAUUGAUCCUCUGUACGAUCAUCUUUGGGGGUUAAAAAUUCUGCUCAAGCAAAAAAUUUUCAUCUGGAUUUUAUUGCGCAAGAGGUUGCUUACAGCGGAUAGAUUGAUUCGUGGGGGGAUUUCGGUAGAUCAGCAUUGCAUGUUGUGUGGGUCAAUACUCGAAAGCUGCGACCACCUGUUCGGAGAAUGUAUCUUUGUUAGGUAUCUCCGACUUGAAACGGGGGUUAUUGUGACGGCCGAUUUGGACGCGGGGGAUGUUCGGCGGUUAUGGGCACAAAUCUCCGACAGCAUAAACAACCGAGCGAGAUCGAACGGUUUAACACAGCUUGCGACAAUCUGGUGA